CCCCGGCCCGGCCGCCGAACCAGUUCAACGCGCUGCGCGUGCGUGCGCCGGACCUGGACGCCGGCCGCGAAUAUAAGCGCGCCAAGCCACGCCCCUCAGGUUGGAGGACACUGCCCUGCUCGCCACACAGCCUAGCCCACAACGGCGGCAGAGAUAUAUACGCAGAUCAUCACACACACACCAACACCUACGCUCGCACACAGGCUAAGCUAGCAGAGCCGGCAGAGGGCGCGCUCCGGGCGCAUGCGAAGUUGCCAACGAUCCGAGGAGCAUCUUCUUGCGCCAUGAGAUCGGGGAGGGGCACCGCAGCCGCGGCAUGUCUCCGGGCCGCGCUGCUGCUACCGGCGCUGCUGACGAUGCUGAUCGCGGCGGCGUCGUCUUCGGCGGCGGAGGGGGGCAAGAGCGGGAGCGGCAAGGCGCACAACUACGAGGAGGCGCUGCGGAAGAGCCUGGUCUACUUCGAGGCGCAGCGGUCGGGGCGGCUGCCGCACGGGCAGCGCGUGCCGUGGCGCGACCACUCGGGCCUCACCGACGGCCUGGAGCAAGGGGUGGACCUGGUGGGCGGCUACUACGACGCCGGCGACCACGUCAAGUUCGGCCUGCCCAUGGCCUUCACCGUCACCAUGCUGUCCUGGAGCAUGAUCGAGUACGGCGCCGACGUCGCGGCGGCCGGCGAGCUCGCGCACGCGCUCGAGGCCAUCAAGUGGGGCACCGACUACUUCAUCAAGGCGCACACGCAGCCCGACGAGCUGUGGGCCGAGGUGGGAGACGGCGACACGGAUCACUACUGCUGGCAGCGGCCGGAGGACAUGACGACGUCGCGGCAGGCGUACAAGGUCGACCGCGACCACCCGGGCUCCGACGUCGCCGGCGAGACGGCCGCCGCCAUGGCCGCCGCCUCCAUGGUCUUCCGCAAAUCCAACCCGCACUACGCCCACCUCCUCCUCCACCACGCCCAGCAGUUGUUCGAGUUCGCGGACGGGUACAGGGGCCAAUACGACAGCAGCAUAGCGGAGGUGAAGAGCUACUACGCGUCGGUGAGCGGGUACAAGGACGAGCUGCUGUGGGCCGCCCUGUGGCUCCACCGCGCCACCGGCAAGGCCAGCUACCUCGACUACGUCGUCGACAACGCCCACGACUUCGGCGGCACCGGCUGGGCCAUCACCGAGUUCAGCUGGGACGUCAAGUACGCCGGCGUCCAGAUCCUCGCCGCAAGGCUGCUGCUGAGGGGAGAGCACACGGCGGAGCAGAAGAGGACGCUGGAGCAGUACCAGGCCAAGGCGGAGCACUACGUGUGCGCGUGCCUGGGCCGGAACGCGGCCGGCGGCGAGGACGCCAACGUGGAGCGGAGCCCGGGAGGGAUGCUCUACAUCCGGCAGUGGAACAACAUGCAGUACGUGACCAACGCGGCGUUCCUGCUCUCCACCUACGCCGACUACCUGGCGGGGGCCGGCGUGGGGACGGUGGCCUGCGCCGGCGGCGAGACGGCGGGCGCCGGCGAGGUGGCCGCGCUGGCCAGGGCGCAGGUGGACUACGUGCUGGGCAGCAACCCGAGGGGGGUGAGCUACCUCGUGGGGUACGGCGCCAAGUACCCCGCCAGGGUGCACCACCGCGCGGCAUCCAUCGUGCCCUACAAGCACAGCAAGCAGUUCAUCGGGUGCACGCAGGGGUUCGACCACUGGUUCGGCCGCCGGAGCUCCAACCCCAACGUGCUCGUCGGCGCCAUCGUCGGCGGGCCCGACCGGAGGGACAGGUUCAGGGACAACCGGGACAACUACAUGCAGACGGAGGCGUGCACGUACAACACCGCGCCCAUGGUCGGGAUGUUCGCCAAGCUCAACCGGAUGGCCAGGGAGGAGAAGGUGGCGGCCGAGGUGUAAAUGGAUUAGAUAGGGGUUAUAGGUCCAGGGGGCUGUACAAUUUUCCCCAUUCUUUUGUUCAUUUUUCUCUCCUUCUUUGGAGGUUUCUUGAUACACAGGAAGGAUGGAGAUGGGUGUAGAAAUACGAGGAAAAAACAAAGGGUGGAGGCAUUCACAUGUGACAUGCAAAUGUAAAUUCGCUGCCUGUACAUACGAGAAAAGGAAAAUGAGAAUUCAAGUUAUACA